ACUCCCCCUGAGUUGUUUCUCCUCCCCCUUCUUCUCCUGUCACAGCCCCCUACACCACGCUGCUAUGGGGAAAAUAAUUGCUUCCCUUUCUGUCGGUAGGAUAGGUUCUGCUCUUGCACACUCCGAGGAAAGACUGUAACUUGGAGAUGACAUGACAAUGGUACCUGUUCAAACCGCGGAGGAGCCGGACCGGCCGUGCCAGAAAAUGAGAGCGGCUGAGAGUGACUGCAACAACAGCCCGGGCGGCGCUGGGCGGCAGCUUCCCGCUCCGAGAGGCUGUGGAAUGUUUACUUUCCUCUCAUCUGUUACUGCUGCUGUCAGUGGACUCCUGAUGGGCUAUGAACUUGGGCUCAUCUCUGGGGCCCUUCUACAGUUAAGUGGCUUAUUAGCCUUGUCUUGCCGACAACAGGAAAUGGUUGUAAGUUCCCUGCUCAUUGGGGCCUUUUUGGCAUCUCUCACAGGAGGAUUCCUCAUAGACAGAUAUGGAAGAAGAACUGCUAUCAUAUUAUCCUCCUGCUUGCUUGGGCUGGGCAGCUUGGUUCUGAUCCUGAGCCUAUCCUACUCAAUUCUUAUAAUAGGACGAAUUGCCAUAGGAGUUUCCAUAUCCCUGUCUUCCAUUGCUACCUGUGUCUAUAUUGCAGAGAUUGCUCCACAGAACAGAAGAGGCCUUCUUGUAUCACUGAAUGAACUUAUGAUUGUCAUUGGCAUUCUUCUUGCCUAUAUUUCAAAUUAUGCAUUUGCCAGUGUUUUCCAUGGUUGGAAAUAUAUGUUUGGCCUUGUUAUUCCGUUGGGAAUUUUGCAAGCCAUUGCAAUGUACUUUCUUCCACCCAGCCCUCGAUUUCUGGUAAUGAAAGGGUAUGAUGAAGCUGCUAGCAAAGUCUUGGGAAGAUUAAGAGGCAUCUUAGACACUACUGAAGAACUUACUUUGAUCAAAUCUUCCUUGAAAGAUGAACACCAGUAUAGUUUCUGGGAUCUUUUUCGUUCAAAGGACAACAUGAGGACCAGAGUACUAAUAGGCCUCAUGUUGGUCUUUUUUGUGCAAAUCACAGGACAGCCAAACAUUUUAUUUUAUGCAUCAACUGUCUUAAAAUCUGUUGGAUUUCAGAGCAAUGAGGCAGCCAGUCUUGCCUCAACUGGAGUCGGAGUUGUCAAAGUAAUCAGCACAAUUCCAGCUACGCUUUUUGUGGACCGGGUUGGGAGCAAGACUUUUCUGUGCCUUGGUACCUCAGUGAUGGCCGCCUCCUUGGUGACUAUGGGUCUUGUGAAUCUUAAUAUCCAUAUCAAUUUUACCAGUAUCUGCAGAAGUCAUAGUCCUAUUAACCACUCCCUAGAAGACUUGACUUUUUAUGAAAAAGGAAAUUUUCCAGUUAGCAAUGACAGUCUCAAGGAACUAUUGAUGGGGAUAACCCCAAAUAGCAAGAGCUCACUCAUGUCAGUCAGAAGUGAUACCAAAAAGCAAGGGGAGCUGAUGUGGGCAUCUGUGCCAAGUGUUGGAACCUCUAGACCAAGCCCAACACAACACCACCAAGAAAGGGGCCAAAAUGAGGUCCCAGAAUUUUUGAAGUGGCUCUCCUUGGUCAGCUUACUUUUUUAUGUUGCAGCUUUUUCCAUAGGACUUGGACCAAUGCCUUGGCUGGUGUUGAGUGAAAUUUUUCCUGGUGGAAUUAGAGGAAGAGCAAUGGCUUUAACUUCUAGCAUGAACUGGGGCAUCAAUCUCCUUGUCUCACUAACAUUUUUGACCGUAACUGAACUUAUUGGUCUUCCAUGGGUGUGCUUUAUUUACACAAUAAUGAGUCUAGCAGCACUGAUUUUUGUUAUUUUGUUUAUCCCGGAAACAAAGGGAUGCUCUUUGGAACAAAUAUCGAUGGAACUGGCAAAAUCGAACUAUGUGAAACACAACAUUUAUCUUAUGAGUCAUCAGAGAGAGAAGUUAGUGCCAACGGAACUUCAAAAGACAAAUCAUCAAGAGCAGUGUAAAAGGUUGUGUAGUAAAGAGCAAUCAAGCAGCUCUUUUAGGAUAACUGAUGGCAUAUUGCAAACAAUGAUAUAGAUUUGGUGUAAGGACACUUAGUGUCUUUCUAAUAAUAUACAUUUGGUAUUUUUUUCCCAACUUCUGAAGGUCAAGCUUUAAGGUAUUUUCUAAUCUAGUCACAAGUGGCUUGAAAAUCAGUUCUUAAUUUAAAAGUCUAACUAGGGAAAGAGGAAGCAGACAUCAGCAAAGUACCUACCAUUCUUGAAGAACCAGUUAAGAACUGACCUGAGAAAAUGCAGUUGGGUCUCACUGUCCUGAACAAUUUAAGAAAGAACAGGCCUUUUGCAAUCAAGUGAGCACUCUACGUCACUCUACAUCGCCAAAUAUAUAUAUGGAAUGUGUGUGUGUGUAUAUGUGUGUGUGUGUACACACACACACACACACACACGAAAACUUUAAAAAAAAAAGUUUUAUUUUCAGAAGUAUGAGGGGCAGAUUUCAAAAUAUGAUUUUACUACUCACUAUAGGAACCUGGCUUGCAGAAUGGAUCUUUUUUUUCCUUUUUGUAAGAAAAGGCAGUAAAUUCUACGGAUGCAGCUCAUCUUUCUUUGCUAGUUGAAAAAGGGUUAGAAUGCUCUCUGACGGCUAUGUCUGAUUGUACUUGCUGACCCGUAUCUAAUUAAGAAUAGUAAAGGUUUCUAUAGCUGUUAUUAAAAUCUAUGUAGUAAUUUUAAAAAUGUAUUAACCAACAAGUGGGCUUUCUGAACUUACAUGAAUAUAUUCCAGAUCUCCAUGCUCAUGUAAAUAAGGAAUCAGUUCUGUAGUAAUAGAUAACAAUGAAUUUUUCAACAUUUUUGGAAUUCUUGUUGUUACCUAAGUGAGAUGCCAAGAGAGAUUGGAAAUAUGGGACCAUAUUUAGUUGUAACCCUUAGAGAAAACUUAUAAAAAAUUUCAUGAAAUCCAGAAGUUUGCCAGAUAUUUAAUGUUAUUUUUUUGUUGUUGCCUUAAAUAAAGCUUUCAAAAUUUUCUCCUAUCAAGGUUUUCAAAGCUUAAGUGCCUAGCAUCUACAACUUCACAAUCCUCAGAAAUUUCCUACCUCAAGUUACAACCAAUAGGUCAUUACAACAUUUAACCUUUGGACUUCUAUAGAUUGUGUUACAGAUGUCCAAAGAUUAGGUUACUCCUAUUUCACUUAUAUUUAAUAAGUAUGAACAAGGCAUAUAUGUUUCUAUCAAAAUAUGUAAUUCAUCAAACCAGGAUUUAUGUACUAUAUUUCCAUAUAAUUUCUUCAAUUUAAGAAAUUAGGCAAGAGUGUUAUUAGCAUGGAAAAUAUGGGAGUUUUAAGAAGUAAAAAGCCACAACCAGCAAAAGUUCAGGAUACCAGCAUAAAAACCCUAAGAGAUAAGGAUGUACAUCAGAGUUUUGGAUCAUUAAUCAGUUCAUCUUGACAAAAAAUUCCAAGUUAUAAGUCUUUUUUAAAAAAAGAGGGUCCAAAAAAACGAUGACCCUUAAAAAAAGGAGGACUUCUUUAUAUUCUGGAAUUUGAUUUAAUAGACAAACCUCCAAAUCUCUUAUAUGCCUUUAUACCAAAAUACGGAAGAUACAAAUCUAAGAUAGCAACAACAGCUCAAAUACAGAAGACAUGCUUUAAAUAAAAAAAAUGCAAUGUAAAAAAAAAUUCUAUUUUGAAAAACAAUCCACUACUGAUAUUUCCCUAGAAAAGACAAGGGAAAUAUGUAUAGCUAAAGAGAGUUGAUAAGAAGCUACAUGUUAGAAACAUAGUAUAUUUCACAUGCAGGUUUCUAGUCUUAAAGGAUGGCCACUUAAAAACUAAGUUUAUUGCAAUAUUUGGUGGAGUCUUACCAAAGCUUUAAAAUCAUUGUGCAUUAUAGAUAGGAAAUAAAUGUUAGUUUUAGUUUAAAUAAGCUUCUCAGGCAUUCCCUCAAAAUGCAUUAUUUGAAGUUCAAAGAGUGCACUCAUGAUCAAUGGAUGCUUGUAAACCUUGUUGGGUAUUGCUAAUGAUAACAGUAUCAAAAAACCUAAUUCUAAUUUCUAAUUAAAUGUUUGCCUUUUUCACUUAUAUCAGAACUACUUGAUUUUCCAAAAAUAGGAAAAACUGUGAAUAAGGAUAUAUUUUUUAUUACGUCCCCCAGUAUAACUGUAUACAGUGUAUGAAUGCCAGAUGUUUUAAAACCAUUUAUUUCUUAUGAAAUAUUCAUUUUUGCUUUUACCCUUAUACCCUUUUGGGUUUUAAUCUAAUAAUCUAACACUAUUUGCUGAUACUGAUUCAGCUAUAUAUAACAAUUACUGUCCUCUCAGCAUGCCCUCCUCCUAUAUUUAAAGCCAAAUAUGCCAUUUGAGAAAGUACUAAUCAAACUGAUUUAACCAUCAAUGAAAAUCAUCAGAUUUAAGUCUACUUCUUGCAUUUAGUAAUUUUUUUUUCCUUUUGCUACUUUUUAAAUACUUUAAAAAAAUGUCAUUGUUCCAUGUGCACUUCUUUCCUUAUUUCUUCCUUGUUUAUUAAUAGCUUAGGUGUGGAAGGUCAUUAAAACCAAAUAUAAAUACUUAAACUAACAAUACAGAAUCUAUACUUUUUUUCAUCCAUUUUGAUUCUAUACAUUAGAUGACCUACUGAACUUUAAAAUGAAUUAAAUGUAGAAGAAAAACUAAUGGAAACAUUAAAAUAACCUACAAAUUCAGAAUCAUUUUCAAGUCAGGCUUAUUACCCAAGAGAAACCUCCACAAGAAAGAAUUUUAUUUUGAAGUCAGCCUUUUCACUUCUUAUAGGGCAAUCAGGAUGGAGAGUAAUAAAGAAGAAAGAGGGCGCAAAAAACAUAUAUAACAUUUGUACAAAAUUGUACAAUUUAUCCUAAUUUAGCAUUCUAUAAUAUACAGGAAAAGUUACUUAAUGGAGCUCACAUAUUUUAAUAAUUUAUUCUAAAUGUUUCAUAACAUUUUAAUACAUUCAGAUUUUGGUGUAGUAUUGUGUUACCUAUUGUUUCCAAUGAUUUGUGGAAACCCACAGUUUUAUUUUUCAGAAUAAAAACACUUAAAUUCAAGUCAUAGGGCAUUCCUGCAGCACAAUUACUGUUCCAAUGCUAAGGAAUUAGUCAAAGAGGACACUGAAUCAACUAAUUUAGAAUCAUUUUCACUUAGUGAACUAAAUAUUCCCUAAUUUUUUUUAGCUCCAUUAAAUAAGAUAAAAUCAGGGAGAAAGCACAUAUGUCUCACAAAAUGACUUUCAAGUCCAAAGUGAGCCUCCUUAUGAGUAUAUAAUGCUAUAGGCCUGGAAUAGCCUUGGGGGCACUUCUUGUCUUGACCAUACAACUUUAUCAUACUGCCAAGACUGGCAGAAGACUGCAGUGAAGGCCUAAAUUGAGAAUUUCCAUCACUUUCCUUCAGCUGUAUCUGAAGGUCUUUCCAGAGUAACAAAGGUAAAUAUGAGAUACAGCCCAAUAAAGCUGCUUUUUUAUAUCCCAUCUGUGGUUAAGAAAAGUUUCUUUAUUAAACUAAUAUUCUUUUAACUCUCAAAAGAUAUUUAACACUCUUAUCUUAUUAAAUUAGCAAUGUAAGACAUUAUGUUUAAUCUAUAAAGUUCUACUCUUAUUCCCUAUAGUUUAUAUACAUUUUUUUAUUUCUAAUUUGCAAGAAAAACUGACAUUUGGUAACACAGCAUUAAGAACAUACUGUACACAUGUGGCAUAUAUACAAAAUACACUUCAAAUGGAAGCCAAAAAACACUUCAGCAAAAGACUAAGUUUGCAUAGUUUUAAAAAAUGAAUUCUGAGUAAUACAAUUUCAGUUAAAAUAGAAAAUGGGGAAGAAAAAAAUAAUAGAAUAGGUAUGAAGAGAGAUCUUUUCCAAACUUUUAUUUGUGCACACAUUCAUCAAUUGAAAAAAGAUAACCUUUACAGCUUCUUUGGUGCCCAUGUUCAGCAUACAAAAAUGUAAAAGACUAUUCACAAAUAAAACACAUUAGCUCAAACUGAAAAACAACCAAAAAAAAAAAAAAAAAAAAAAA